CUCCGCGGCGGCGAGCUUCCCGUCGGUUCCCGUCCGGCCCCUGCUCGUGACGUCACCGCGGCCCCGCCCACCUCCACAUCUUCGGUCGCUGGCUGCGCAGAGUCCUCCCGACGCUCGGCCCUUCGCCGCCGCCGCCGUCGCAUCCGCCAAAAUGUCCACAGGUGUGCCUUCAGGAAGUUCAAGUGCUGCUGCUGGCAGCAAUCGAAGACUCCAGCAGACACAAAAUCAAGUCGAUGAGGUGGUUGACAUCAUGAGAGUCAACGUGGAUAAGGUGUUAGAAAGAGACCAGAAGCUCUCGGAGCUAGAUGACCGUGCAGAUGCGCUGCAGGCCGGUGCUUCUCAGUUUGAAACAAGUGCUGCCAAGUUGAAGAGAAAGUAUUGGUGGAAGAACUGCAAGAUGUGGGCGAUAGGGAUCAGUGUCCUGGUGAUUAUUGUCAUCAUCAUUAUUGUGUGGUGUGUCUCUUAAUGAAGAACCCAGGAAACUGAAGCCCACUGUUGAGGAGCUUCUUCAAGACUUUCUACUCAAAACCUGCUGUGUUAUCAAGCUUACCUACUGUUUUUUCCAAGUGAUUAUUUUUGUUAGUUUACAUACAGUUCAGUGUCUAGGAAAUGUGCCUUUGUUUUAAUAUACACUCCAGAAGGGGUGUGACCUCCCCUGCCCACAUUCUGCACAGCGCCUUCAUAGAUUUCUGCACCAACUAGGGAAGAGGACUUCUGAUGCCCCAGAGUGCUGGAGUCUAGACGGAUGCUGUCACUGAUGACUUGCUGUGGAUUCCAGGAAGGGGAUUUUGUUCAAGUCAGCUGUCCCCACACUGAGAUCGCCUUCAAAACCACAUUUUAAACCCUUGGGUGAUUAGAUUCCCCAGUUGUGCCUUCCGGGAAGAACACUACUGCCUAGUACAAAUCAGUGACAAUAGGGUAUGCCUUAUUUUGAUACUUGGCUCCUUUUCAGUAGGAGGACCCUCAUUUUUGUAAGCACUACUGACCCUGCUGUAUUUAAGAUGCUUUCAUGUUAGGUGUCAACAUGUUUGCUCUCUUGUUCUUGUGCAUCACUCCUAGAAGUAUUUAAUCAAAAAUAACCCUUUAAAGUUCUUAUAGAACUGUGACCAAAGUUUCUCUGUGGCCAAAAGUCAAAUACAAAUAAAAUGUCCAUAAGUCUGUUCCUCAUAGAUUAAAUUCACAUAAGUGCCAAAUGUAACUCAAGGUGCCCUUGAAGAAAAAGAGUUAAUAAUUACUGUGUGAGCCUUCAACAUUUUCCCAGUCCUUCCUCUGAAAUACUGUAGAUAAUGCCCCUUCAGACUUGGUUUCCUCACGGAGCUGUAGAGGUGAGCUGAAGGCACGCCUGUAGUAAGACAUUCAGCCAGCGGUUUGCAGACUGAGCUGGAAGCUGUGGCCUCCAGAGCACCGAGCAGCAGCAGUGCGGCGGCCUCACAUCAGAGCUCUCGGGCGGGGGCUGCUUCCAGCCAUGCCACUUCCUACAGCAGGCUCCGUGCUGCCCUGGAAGGGAGGCGUUGGUCGCUUCCACGUAGAUAGCCAGGCAGAGAUGCCGACGGAGACACUUUCCUUGUGUAUCUGAGCCUUGGAUCAAGGGUGGUUCAAAGAUGGGAGUUCAGGCGUCACUGGAAGUAAGAGAGCAGUGAGAAGAAACAGGCUUUAUUUGCCUGUAGCGGUGCCACCACAGUGCCCUGGAAUUUGUGUUUGUGUGCAGAGUGGCAUCAGUCAACAUGUGACAGAAUCUGGCUCCAGUUUUUGAUUUGUUCCCUGACAUUACUGAAACAAUACAAACAUCGAAAGCCUGCUCCACUGUGGGAAAGCAGCAGCAGCCUAGGGCUUCUGUCCUGGCCUGACCCCACAACCUUGGUGCUGUCUCCUCCAUACUCAGACCCGUGCAACUCAUUGGCUCCUGCAUUAACACAGUAAUACCUCGCUUGUCUGUGCAUUUAACUGGGGACUUUCCCGCUAUGAUGUCCUGAAUAAAGUUGUUUGUUACCAUGA